GCGGGAAUACGAGUUUCUUGCAAGCAUUUUUUUUCUCGACUUUGUUAUUAAAAUAAUUUAAUUAUUUUGUAAUAUUCUGUUGUUGUUUUUGUUCUUAACUAUCACUAAUUAUUAAAACAAGAUAAGCCAAAAUGUCACAGAACGGACAUCCAAACGAUGAUGUUGCUUCUCCAGCUACCAAUUAUGAGUCUGUAGCAACACCAAGAUCCAAUCGUGAAAACUCUCCAGUUGAUGACUUUGAGCCUUUUGAAAAUGAAGCUGAAUUAUUAGGAGAAUUAACAGCUGACGAAGAUGAAUCUGAAGGAGAAGAUUUGUUUGGCGGUAAUAUGGAAAGAGAUUACAUGCCAAAUCCAAAUCUUGAUCGCUAUGAUCCAGAAAUGUUGGAUGAUGAAGAAGGAUUCAGUGUUAUGAGUGACUCUGAAAGACGAGCAGCUGAAAUGGAAUUGAAUAGACGUGACAGAGCAGCUGGAAUUCACCGUGAUGAUCGUGAUUUGAUAUAUGAUAAGAGUGAUGAUGAAAGUGACAUUCCAAGUCACAAAAGGAGAGCUGCAGAAAAGGCAAUUGAGGGAGCCGAAAUUGAUGAGGAAAUGAUUGAAUCAAUUGAGAAUUUGGAGGAUACAAAAGGACAUACAAUUAAAGAAUGGGUCUCAAUGUUGGGUCCUAAAACUGAGAUUGCUAAUCGAUUCAAGAAUUUCUUAAGAACUUAUAUUGAUGAAAAAGGCCAGCAUAUAUAUCGCGAUAGAAUCAGAAAAAUGUGUGAACAAAAUAAAUCUAGUUUUAUCGUAGUAUUUUCAGAACUUGCUCAUCAUCAACACGUCUUAGCUUAUUUCUUACCUGAGGCUCCUCAACAAAUGUUGGAAAUUUUCGAUCAAGUUGCUAAGGAAAUGGUAUUAUCGAUUUUCCCAACUUAUGAGCGUGUCACUAAUGAAAUUCAUGUAAGAAUAUCGGAACUUCCUCUCAUUGAAGAAUUAAGAACAUUCAGAAAACUUCAUUUAAAUCAAUUGGUACGAACAAUGGGAGUUGUAACAGCUACAACUGGAGUUUUGCCUCAAUUAUCAGUCGUUAAAUAUGAUUGUGUUAAAUGUGGAUAUAUUAUUGGACCUUUCGUACAAAAUCAAAAUUCUGAAGUAAAACCUGGAUCAUGUCCUGAGUGUCAGUCUGCGGGUCCUUUCUCAAUUAAUAUGGAACAAACUCUUUAUCGAAAUUAUCAAAAAAUCACAUUACAAGAAUCUCCGUCAAAAAUUCCACCUGGUCGAAUUCCUCGAAGCAAAGAUUGUAUUUUAUUAGCUGAUUUAUGUGAUCAGUGCAAACCUGGCGAUGAAGUUGAAGUUACUGGCAUUUAUACAAACAAUUAUGAUGGAUCCUUAAAUACAGAUAAUGGAUUUCCAGUAUUUGCAACCGUUAUAAUUGCCAAUCAUAUUUUAGUAAAAGAUUCAAAGCAAGUUGUAAGUUCUCUUACUGAUGACGAUAUUGCAACAAUUCAACGUUUAAGCAAGGAACCAAGAAUUGCUGAUAGAAUUGUUAACAGUAUGGCACCAUCUAUUUAUGGACAUCAAUUUAUUAAGCGUAGUUUAGCAUUAGCAUUAUUUGGUGGAGAAGCUAAAAAUCCAGGUGAAAAGCAUAAAUUGCGUGGAGAUAUAAAUCUCUUAAUUUGUGGUGAUGCUGGUAUGGCUAAAUCACAAUUUUUAAAAUAUGCAGAAAAGAUUGCACCACGUGCUGUAUUUACAACUGGUCAAGGAGCUAGUGCUGUCGGUCUUACUGCUUAUGUUCGCCGAAAUCCAAUUUCUAAAGAAUGGACGUUAGAAGCUGGUGCUUUAGUUUUAGCUGAUCAAGGAAUAUGCUUAAUUGAUGAGUUCGAUAAGAUGAAUGAUCAAGACAGAACAUCAAUUCAUGAAGCUAUGGAACAGCAAUCAAUUAGUAUUUCUAAAGCUGGUAUAAUUACAUCAUUGCAAGCACGCUGUGCAGUUAUUGCUGCUUCUAAUCCAAUUGGUGGACGUUAUGAUCCAAGUUUAACUUUCUCGGAAAAUGUAAAUUUAUCGGAACCAAUUUUGUCUCGUUUUGAUAUUUUGUGCGUUGUUAAGGAUGAAUUUGAUCCAAUGCAGGAUCAGCGCUUAGCAGAUUUUGUCGUCAGAUCGCAUAUUCGUCAUCAUCCAUCAAACGAAGAUCAAGAAAAUGAGCCGAUGGAAGAUGUUAAUGAAAUGGAAUUGCCACAAGACUUGCUAAGAAAAUACAUUGUUUAUUCAAAGGAAAAUGUCAGACCAAAAUUAUCGAAUAUGGACCAAGAUAAGAUAGCAAAAAUGUAUUCACAAUUGCGUCAAGAAUCUCUUGCUACUGGAUCAUUGCCAAUUACUGUUCGUCAUAUUGAAUCAGUCAUUCGCAUGUCUGAAGCACACGCAAGAAUGCAUUUAAGAGAUACAGUACAAGAUGUUGAUGUAAAUUUCUCAAUUCGUAUGAUGCUUGAAAGUUUCAUUUCUGCACAAAAGUUCUCCGUCAUGAAAAAGAUGCAAGUCACAUUCCAAAGAUAUUUAUCGUUCCAAAAAGAUUACUCGGAAUUAUUAUUCUUUAUUCUCCGUCAACUCACAUUGGAUCAACUUGCGUAUAUACGCUUAAAACAAGGUCCUACAGCAACUCAUGUUGAAAUUCUGGAAAAAGACUUAUUGGAGCGUGCCAAACAAAUUGAUAUACACAACUUGAGCAAGUUUUAUGACAGUGAGAUCUUUAAGAAUAAUGGAUUUUCAUUCGACAGUAAGCGAAAAGUUAUUUUACAAAUUGUACCCGAAGCUGCAACAUUUAAUUAAUAUUACCAUACUUAAUGUUAAGUUAAACAAGUAUUUCAUCUCAAACUCAUUUUUUUUUCAAUAGCUUCACAUCUCAUUUGUAAGUUUUUUACAUUCUUAAUUAUACAAUAAAGUUAUUUUCAAGUUUCAAACAUCUUUUUGUUGAUGUCAAUACUCUUAUUUUUUUGUCUGAUCAAAUAUUGAUUACUAUCCGUAAGGGGCUGUUCACUUAUU